AUGCUCUUUGCCAGUGUGCUGGUGACUGGGCUUGAGGCCGCUAAACUCACAGUGGGCUUCCAGGCUCCCUGGGACAUCUCCCUUCCAUUCAGUGCACAAAGGCUGGGUGCGGGCCUCCAGAUUGCUAUGGACAAGAUCAACUCAGAGUCCGUGGACCUCAGGAACUUCAGCUGGGGGUUCACUUACACCAACUCAACCUGCAGCACCAAGGAGUCUCUUGCUAUUUUCACCAACCAGGUCCAGAGAGAAGAGAUUUCUGCCCUGUUUGGACCAGCAUGCCCAGAAGCAGCAGAGGUUAUUGGUUUGCUGGCCUCUGAGUGGAAUAUCCCCAUGUUUGACUUUGUUGGACAAACAGCAAAACUGGAGAAAGACUUCUUGUAUGACACCUAUGUGACAAUUGUGCCACCCAUGCGUGAAAUUGGUGAUGUGCUCCAGAAAAGUCUCCAAUACCUGGGCUGGAAACACAUCGGGAUGUUUGGGGGUCACUCUGGCACUUCUUCCUGGGCUAGAAUGGAUGAGUUGUGGAGGGUUGUAGAGAAUGAACUCAAAUCCCAUUUCACCAUCACUGCCCGGGUCAGAUACACCGACACUGAUCCAGCCCUCCUGCAAGAGAAUCUUAGGACCAUGUCAACAACUGCCAGGGUUAUCAUCCUAAUCUGCAGCUCAGAGGAUGCAAACAUUAUUCUGCUGGCUGCGGAGAACCUGGGACUCCCCACAGGAGGAUUUGUUUUCAUUGUUUUGCAGCAGUGGCAGGACAGUUUCUGGAAGGAAGUGCUAACAAAUCAGAAGGGGACGCACUUCCCCACCAUCUAUGAGUCUGUGCUUCUCAUUGCCCUCAGCUCCUACGCAGAAGGUCCUGGAGAUGAAGGCUUCCAACAAGAAGUCCGCCAACGGCUGAGGGGGCCACCCUUCCACAGCUCUCUGUCUGCAGAGGAGCAGGUGAGCCCUUACUCUGCCUACCUUCACGACUCGGUCCUGCUCUACGCUCAGACGGUGAAGUUCAUGAUGAAGGCUGGAAGAGACUUCCGGGACGGGCGGCAGCUGGUCAGCACUCUGAAAGGGUUUAACGGGCCCGUGUUGCAGGGAAUCACCGGCCCAGUGUUUGUGGACUCCCAGGGAGAACGGUGUAUGGAUUACUCGGUCUAUGCCCUACAGAAAUCCAGCAACGGGUCGCUCUUUCUUCCUGUUCUUCACUAUGACAGCUACCAGAAAACAAUCAGACCCAUGAGGAAUUUCUCCACUACUACUUGGCCCCAUGGCUCCCUUUCUGCAGACAGACACGGCUGUGGGUUUUACAAUGAGCUCUGUGAAAGUGAGUUCGCUUUUACAGCAGGGCUUCUCAAUAGUGCGACUGCUGUGAUCCUCGUGAUGACCUUCCUGGUUACCGUCUUGGGAACUGCCAUCGUAGGUCUGAUUUUAAGGAUGCAGAAAGGAAAACGGCAGAGGCAAAAUAGAGACAUUUGGUGGCAGAUCAUUUAUGAUGACAUCACCAUUCUGCCCCCAAACAAGCCAUCCCAGAGAGGCACACCUGUGUCGAGAGGGAACAACAGCAAUGCAUCUGGCGUGAUGCACUCUGGGGACUUCGGCUCCUUUGUCAAGAGCCAGCAGGGGGAAGAACUCCUUUAUGCCCCAGUAGGCCUGUACCAGGGAAACCAUGUGGCCAUCUGCUAUGUCGGUGACCAAGCAGAAGCCUGGAUCAGGAAGCCGUCUGUGCUGCAGGAAAUCCGGCUGGUGUAUGGAUUGAGGCAUGAAAAUAUUGUUCCCUUCUUUGGUGUUUGUACAGAACCACCCAACAUCUGCAUUAUCACUCAGUAUUGCAAAAAAGGAAGUCUUAAGGAUGUUUUGAGAAAUUCUGAUAAUGAAAUGGAUUGGAUAUUCAAGCUCUCAUUUGCAUAUGACAUAGUCAAUGGCAUGCUGUUCCUUCACAGGAGCCCACUGAGGUCCCAUGGGAACCUGAAGCCUUCCAACUGCCUGGUGGAUGGUCGGAUGCAGGUGAAGCUGUCAGGAUUUGGGCUGUGGGAGCUCAAGUAUGGCCGGACGUACAGAACGUAUGAGAAAACGAUGGACCACUCAGAUCUCUACUGGACCGCCCCGGAGCUGCUGCGGCUCCCAGAGGUGCCCUGGUCGGGCACCCCAAAGGGAGACGUUUACAGCUUUGCUGUUCUGAUGAGGGAGCUGAUUCACCAGCAGGACCAUGGGCCUUUUGACGACCGUGACGAGACCCCGGACGAAAUCAUCCGCCAAAUCAGAGACCCCACAGCAUCUGCUCCACUCCGACCUUCCCUAUCAGAGGAGAAGGGCAGUGAAAAGAUCGUGGUCCUGGUGAGGGCGUGCUGGGAUGAGUCUCCAGAGAAAAGGCCCACGUUCCUUGCCAUCAAGAAAAUUCUACGAGAAGCCAGUCCCGAAGGCCACGUGAGCAUACUAGACAGUAUGGUGAGCAAGCUGGAGGUGUACGCAAACCACCUGGAGGAGGUGGUGGGAGAGAGGACCAACCAGCUGAUGGCAGAGAAGAGGAAGGUGGAUAAGCUUCUGUCCACAAUCCUGCCCAGCUUCAUUGGAGAUCAGCUCAAAGCGGGAAGGUCUGUGGAACCAGAACAUUUUGAAUCUGUGACCAUCUUUUUCUCUGACAUUGUUGGAUUCACAAAACUCUGUUCUCUCAGCUCCCCUUUGCAAGUUGUAAAGCUCCUCAACGACCUCUACUGUUUGUUUGAUAACAUCAUUAAAAAUCACGAUGUGUACAAGGUUGAAACCAUUGGAGAUGCAUACAUGGUGGCUAGUGGACUUCCCAUCCGCAAUGGAAUUCGGCAUGUGGACGAGAUCGCCACCAUGUCCUUGCACUUCCUCAGUGCCACCACCCACUUCCAGAUUGGGCACAUGCCUCAGGAGAAGCUCAAGAUCCGGAUUGGCCUCCACACAGGCCCUGUGGUGGCUGGUGUGGUGGGGAUCACCAUGCCCAGAUACUGUCUGUUUGGAGACACCGUGAACGUGGCAUCCAGAAUGGAAAGCAGCAGUUUGCCUCUCCGGAUUCACGUCUCUCGGAGCACCGCGGACGGCCUGCUGGCAGUGGGAGGGUACAAGCUGCAAAAGAGAGGCACCAUUGCAGUCAAGGGCAAAGGAGAACAAACAACUUUCUGGUUGAAAAGCAAAGAAGGCUUCACUUUUCCACUCCCUGAAUUUACUGAUGAAGAGGCUGACAUCCCAGAGAUCUUUUGAGACCCGCUGCAUCCAGAUUACCUUCUGUGUGGCUGCUCUGAAUCUGGCGAGCAGUUUGAAUGAUGUAUUGUGUUUGAGACGUUUUCCUACUGAAUUUCCCAUGACCGAAGAGGGGAAAACCAAUGAGACCAGGGAGGGUCUCUUAGCUUGACCACUGAGCUGCCUUUGUGAAGGAGAUAUUUUGGAGUUCUGUACAAGGAAAUAAACUACCUAUUGGUCGACUGA